AUGCCCGGUACCUGGUUGGACGUGCUUACGUUGGACCUCGGCUUGGACGACCUGCUCAAGGAAUCGAAGUCUUCCAUCACGAGCUUCAUCUCUAUGUUUGGGACGCUCCUCGCGUUCGUGCGGCCCACGAUUCCCGGAGACUCUCCCCGCGUGCUGCGCACUCUCUUGCCGUUGGUUGCGUGGGUGGUUUUCUCCGAUGAGGCCACGGUGACACCCGACCAGCUGGUCGACGAUGGUAGCCCAGAGAGUUUCUUCUACGUGAACGGAAUCUGCACAACCCGCAGGAUGGCCCUGGCCACGGGCGCUGAGUUGAGCAAAAUGUUCAACAAGAACGUGACCGUGGUGCACAACCCGACAGACUCUUUUAUUGUCGACAUCUUCGAGUGCGUAUUUGCAAAACUUUGGACCGGUCAAAGCUUCGCGACGAGUCGCCCGUGCGCCCUCCUGAUGGACAGGCUGCUGGAAGCUCUUCGAGACCCAACGAAAACCAAGGUGGUUCUCAUCGCACAUUCCCAAGGAACCAUCAUCGCAAGCGAUGCGCUUCGUCGACUUUGGACGGCUGUGGACAAGGGCGAGUUGACACACGACGAGAUGAAGAAACUGGAGAUUUACAACCUGGCCAACGCGGCGCACUGGAUGGACCAGACAGAGGACAGAGUCCCGUACAUCGAAUCCAUCUGCAACCAGCGCGACACCGUUGGUAUGCUAGGAGCCAACGCUCCUGAGAGUGUGAAACAGAGUUGGAACAUCAGGAUCGCCGGGCCGGUCGUCUACCCCACCACCAACCGUUGGGGGCACAUGAUUAGUGCGCACUACCUGAAGCACCUCAAGAACGGCGACUACCCCGGCUCCAAGCUUCACACUUACAUGAACACAGCCAAAGAACCCGAGUAUAUCGUCGCUGCAUCUCACUAGUUGUAGUAAUGCGCAACUGCUGUGUUGUGCGCACAUUUCGGCGGCUUGAACGUGUGGGCAGCUACUGCUCUGAAGGCAGGCCAUCACUGGCUAUUGUAGUGUUCUAGGAGUAAUGUAGCAGCGCAGUUGGCAGGUGCAUGAGUGUGUUUAUGUUUUGUAAGGUACUGCUGUAUGCCAUUGGCUUGGCGCAAUUUUGAAACUCUACCGGGGUCCCGUGACUUCGGGUCCAUGUAUCAGGGGGCAUGUUGGUUGCAGUUGUGUUGGUUUGUAUCGUGUCCCAUAUCAUCAUGAGUGCAUAUCCACGCUGUACAUAUUGUUGGGGGUAGUAUUUUUCAUGGUUGAGAGGGGAUCGAUAAGCAGUUCUGGGCAGUCUACUGUACCUUGGGCUGCUCCUGGGAUUCGUCGAGGAAAACAACAGUGCAAACGUCGUCGGUGGGUCGCGGUCAAAGUCGAGCAGCUGAAAAGUGGUAAGGAAUACCGAUUUGCAUGGAUGAUGGCUAAUCAGACAAGUAUGUACUCGGG